AUGUCAGUUCCCAGCCCAGCGUCACAAUCGCUUGCUGCUCUCUCCAUCUCAUCGCCCUCAGAAGCUCAACCACCUCCAGCUUCGGAUCUUCGAAACAUCAGAUCGUAUCCGCCCUUCUACACUCUCCAGCCAAACCUCACGAUUCGAGCUCGCCAAUUGGAACUAUGGUCCAGCCUCAUAACCUCUUACUGCGCCACCAACCACAUAUUCCGUCUUUCCCUCUCAUCUCCACCUCCAGACCUCUUCUCCAACACUACCAUCAAGCGGAGCCUCAAAGCAGCCGAUAUCAAAACGGUGCUGGAGUCUAUGGGAAAGACUAUUGAGUGGUUGUCGGCGGAUAAGAGCGCAUGUCUGGUAUGGUGGCGGAGUGCAGAAGAAUGGGCGGAUGCUCUGGUGCAGUGGGUCGAGGGAACUGGACAGAAGGGCGCAGUGUUGACUGUCUACGAGUUGAGAGAGACGGGCGAUUGGCGAGGCAUGGAGGAAGUCAUGCUCAGGAAGGUCUUGACUCUGCUAGCUAAAAAGGGCAAGGCAGCUAUCUUUGCAGUGGGCGAUGGUGAGGGUGUCAAGUUCUUCUGA